GGACAGGAUGCUGCAGAAUCACCCCCCUCCCACAAAUGUAGGCUAUUCAUUUUAUUGCAUGUAUUUUUGGUAAAGGUCCCUGCAGUGCGUGGCUGUGUGGCCCGUGAGAUACAUCAUCUGAAUGCAUGGAGGCAACCUGUGGUGAAACUUCCAAGUAACUAGUGCUGUUCGGUGCAUUUGAGGACGUGCAGUACCCAAUGAAUGAGCUGCGACUCUGACGCUGCUGCCGAGCGCUGCCGGUCGACACGCCCCCAGCAUGGAUACAACCAGCAGGAACAGGCGCUCAGGAGACACACUCACUAUGCCGGAGAGUGUUUGUAUCCGCGAUGGGAGUUAACACAUCCAAGUUUCAAGAGGUCCUGUUACCAGCGUCGUUGCACUAAACAAAGACAUUGGGUUUCUGUUUUUUUCUUUCUUUCUGAGGGGGUUUGUCUGCAUUUUUAUCCGAGGCGUUUCUCUCACAGGAUGUUGAAGAUAUUGGAAAGCCGGGUAAGAUCAUAAAGUCAGUUCUCUGAUGAGAACGAACCUCCUCCUCACCACCACACAAAGGGAACCACGGAAAAAGUACUUUUUUCACACGCCAUCAUUUUUAUUUUUUUUUGAAUGUCAUUAAGAAGCAGCGGGGGCUGUUUCAAAGACAAAAUGGAUCAUUUUGCAGCAGAGUGCCUUGUUUCAAUGUCCAGUCGUGCAAUUGUUCACGCUCCUAAAGGGAAUAGGGAGAUGAAACCAGAAAUACCGUCCUCCUCCAGGAACGGAGAGGAAAUCAAAGAGCCUUUGGUGAAAGACAACUCCUCUCUUUUUGUGGUGGCGCGGAUUCUGGCGGAUUUUAACCAGCAGACUCCCAACAAUGUUGCCGAGCAGGCAAAAAUAAAGGAUGAGAGCAUGAACCUCAUAGAUGAUGGAAACUCUGCCACACCUACCACCAUCUCCGAUCCUUCGCUCAAACAAAGAGGCAAAAGAUCGCGAGGUCGAACUGAGCAAGAAUCACCUCAGAAAAAGCACAAAUGCCACUAUUCAGGUUGUGAAAAAGUUUAUGGCAAAUCAUCCCACCUCAAAGCCCAUCUAAGGACACACACAGGAGAACGGCCUUUCCCAUGUACCUGGCCCGACUGCAGUAAGAAGUUUGCCCGCUCUGAUGAGUUGGCCCGCCACUACCGCACCCACACAGGGGAAAAGAAGUUUGGGUGCCCGCUUUGUGAAAAGCGCUUCAUGCGCAGUGACCACCUGAUGAAGCACGCCAGGCGCCACUCAGAUUUCCAGCCCGGCAUGCUGAAGAGACCCCAUGGCGGCAGCAGCAGCGGCAGCACCCCACGUCCCAGCUCCCUCAGCGACUACAGCCGCUCGGAUGCCUCCAGCCCCGCCCUCAGCCCAGCCAACUCGCCUUAAACUGAAACCCAGUCGCACUUUCUGCCUCUGACCUCCGAGGCCUGUUUGUUGCACAGUUGUCAGCAACCCCCCCCCCCCCCCCCCCCCCCCCCCCCCCCUUGCUAUUUCUGCGCUUGCUGUGGUGUACCAUACUGUACAUAAUUGCUUAUUGUAGUGCAAUUACUUGUGUGAUCCUAAAAGAAAGUAAUGCCUUUCCCAAAUGGCAAUAUUUACAUUCUGUACCAUAUGUCUGUAUUUUUUUUAGCUUCGGAUCAUGGCUAGUUGUCCAAUGUAUGUUCAUAGUCAGCUAAACAAGGUUUAGAAGAAAGAAAAAAACAGACUCCCUGACAAGUCUUAUCAACAUGUUUCUUUUUUUUCUUUAGUUUUUUUGAACGGGUGAAGAAAAAGGGGUACACACACACCUCAGGAUUGAAGACAGUUGCUAUUUCUGUAAUACCACAGUACUUAACAGUACUCACAUUGACUGCACAAUAUACUCAUCACUUUACUCUGAAAUUCAACGGGGGUUGAAUUUUACGCCCUGCUCAGGGAUGGCCUUGUUAGCUUGAAAGAAUGAACACGGUGAAGAGAAACGUACAGUACAUCUAUAGCAGCCUUACACUCAACACAAUUUGCACUCUUUGGUUUUUUAUUGUGUGUUUUGGUUUUCAAGUUUGAGGAAACUAGCCCUGCUGUCAUACAGUCAAUCAAACACAGUAGUUAUGUUCCGCUCUCACUUGUGUUCUCGGGACUCAUAUGUUAUUGCUGUGUAUUAAGAAAUCAAUCCCCAAACCUCCACCGUAGUAAACAAAAUACAUCUGGUCCUCCACCGCAACGUUAAUAUUCAGUUGCCAUUACACUGGGUUAAAUAUGUAGUUCAUUAAACAUUGGUAUGCAGUAUAUACUGGAUACAUCUGCAUUUUGGGAGUAUUGGGAUAAUAUUGGAGUAACAUUUUUUAUAAAUAUAAUGACAUACCUUAGACCCUUUAAAUAGAGGCAGUUAAGUUUCAGAGCAGCUGUUCAUGCUUUUUUUUAAAGUGCUGUAUCAUCAGCCAGUAUUUCACACAAAAUGGACACACAGGGACUUUAGUUGAAACAAUGUUUAUCCCUCUCUCAAGCACAUAGGAAAAAGUACCAAAGACAAGACUGAAUGAAAGCUUUCUAUUCAGUCUUGUAAGCUGUCCUUCAUCGAGGCCUGGGGCUGGUGGUUGGCAGUAUCACAGGUAGAGCCAGACAGCCUGCUUACUUCCCUCCUCCUGGCUUUGCCUUUUGUGGCCUCUCUGGAGGAAACAGCUGCAUCCCACAAGAAGCUAUUCACAGCCCGCAGAAGGAGUGCUAACAUGCUAUUCCCUUGGGAUCCUCCCUCGCCCAUCUGGCUCUACCUGUCCUGUAAGAGAGCGGUGAAGCUCUGAGCCUCCCUGAUUGCAUAAGAUUGACUAACUUGGGGGUCAAAUGUAGGCCAGAGAGUUGGGCAGAGCCGGGCUGGGCCGCGACAUAGUGGAGCACAGAGUGAACAAAGCAACUAUCUGCAAUAGACAGGCAAAAGAGGGCAGGACCUGAUAAAAGAGGAGAGGUUUAUCAUGAGCUGAGCAGCACGGAGAAGGAGACACCCAAUCGCAGAUGUCUCCCAUCUCCUCCUCCUUCCCCGAUUCCCUUCCUUCCUCCAACUUUAGAAACUGUGAGUGGGGAAAAUGGCUGUAAUUAGUGGGUUAAUCCAACCUGUAGGAUAAGAGUAGAAAGAGAAGCAUAUGAACAACAGUACUACCUAGACAAUGCUAGCAGUGUGGUUGGGAUGUACCCAACUCCAUCUGAAGCACAGGGAGAAAUCCUUUACUAUUGCUGGAGAGUCAAAUUUCACAAUGCCAAGGGAAACUGUCGCUCCAAAUUCACACAGAUAAACCAGAGCUCUCAAACAGCUGCUUUUAAACUUCUCUCCCGCAACAAGCGGGCUUUUUAACUGUUGUAAAAAUGUUUGAACCAAAAUGAACAUAUCAGCAAAGUGCAGUGCUCACCAGCCUCACGUCAUCCUGCCUGUGAAGCUCAGAUCUCCCGUGAGAAAGCUGACUUGUGUUUCUAGACAGACAUGCCUCAAUAAGUCAGGCAAAAGGCACAGUAAACCUUCCAUGGACACGGGCACCACUAUCAAAACCGCUGCAGCCCCGCCAGUCUGUGUUAUGCCUACAUUUUUUUUACAUCUUUUAAUACUUCAGCACUACAGCCGGAAAUAGCUUCAUCCAUGUAUGUGGUCCUGUCAGACCCCUCCAGACUGUAGUCAUCAUGAAUUGCAUGUGCUAGCUUCAGCCUACCGACGGCUCGACCGACUCCUGCCCUGCAGUCCCGUGCUUCCCACUAUAUGCAUGUUAACAACUGCGCCUUGGAAGUGUAGAGGGUUUUUGAGGCAGUCUGGCAGGUGUAAGUUCAUGAAUGGCGAGCCUUGUCCCUCGGUCUCCGCAGCAACUAUCUCUCGUUAAAGUUGUGAAGAAUCAUCUCUGUCACAUCCUCCAGAAAGAAAACAUCCCUUAUUUAGAUCGAAUGCAGUAGUUUCCUCAAAAAACGCCACAUGUUAGAAAAACAACCCUCUGUAAGAUGUUAAAAUUGUAUCCAGGCUGCAAGAUGACACUUUGAAUGCCACAGAUCAGCAGCUUUUAGGGAAAGAAGCACUAAGAGGGUUUUACAUUUACCAUUUCUGGAAAAAAACAACUUUGAUUUUCACCAACAAAUUUUUCAAAUUGCUGCUGAGCAGCUUUUUGUGUUAUCUAUCCAUUUUUCUUGGUUUGUAGUGUAACUUUCUCUUGCAAAAAAAAAGUAGUUCUUCACCCUUAAGCAGGUUUCCUUAAUCACUUCUUAAUCCAUAAUCUGCACAUUUACCUCAGGGUCGACAUCCGCAAAGCAGAAACGGGACAGUUUGUGGAUUUUGUUCUAACAUCAGUUGCUGCACAGAAAUGUCUGCCAGCCUCCCCUGGUAUUCCUGGGUGCUUAGUGCUCACUGCUGGUCAGUGUCCGACCCCACUGGAAACACAGGAACGCCUCCGUACGGGCCCAGCUCCUGCCUAUAAUGUCUUCAUAACAUCCUACAGUCCUGCUAUACGCCUUAGUAAGCACUGGGCACUCUGGAGCUGUUUUCAGUGAAACGCCCCUUUAAACACCUUUGACCCGUAGUGUCAGUGGACUUACAGUAGGCGACAGCAAGCUCCUACCAUCUGAAAAUAAACAGACUGUGACAGUGUAAACAUCCAAGUCUAUCCAUCCAUCCAGACUGCCCCAGUGACAUAUAGGCCUCAACAGGCAGUGUCUCAUAACUUUUAUUCUCACUGUACCAAAUCUACUUGAAUAAUUCAACACAAAAGGCCAUUGAACACAGUUUUGUCCAUUUUUACUGUACUUGCUUUUGUUGUCAAAUAAUUAUUAACCUCUGUGGAGAAAGGUGUAUAGUCUAUUAGUUUUUUCAAUUGUCUUCAGGUCAUUUCAGCAACUCUUUGGAGUUUAUCACAGCGUUAAGGUUGACUGUUUUGUCGGGCUGUUUAAAGGCACAGCAUUUUGAAAUUGUGAAAAAACAUAAUCUCAGCCCCAUUGAUGGGGUUCACCCCUUUAACCAGAAACACUUGUUGAUGUCAGGAUGCAGGUUAUUCCAGUUAACCUGUUAUCCAAAUAUUCCUCCCAAGUCAGAGAAUGACAGAUUGUUUGGGGUGAUGGUAACAAAAGCAGACUUUCUGACCUCUAUGUACGACAAUUUCAGAUGGCGUUACUAAUUUUCUUUUGAAAGUUUUCCAUAAGAAUAGAGACCACAGCAUUGUGAGUUAGCAAUGUAGUCAUCAUUUUUAUUAUUGCUUUUAUUUGUCUCAUAUGAAAUUUUUAAGCUUUUAUAUUUUUCAUGAAAUCAUACCUCUUGAAAUAUUUGACAUAGUUGUACAUUCAUAUCUUUUCAAAACAUCCAUCAUGUAGCUUACGUUUGCUUGAAGAGUAGCACAAAUAAUUAGUGGUUUUAUUUGUCCCUACUUGAAUGAAGAAGGAAAGAACGAUACUUUUUUUUCUGUAAACAAAAAACACUGGGCUACAUUUUAUAUAAUCACCCCAUGUUGUCAGGGUCCUGCACUUCCUUGUAGAUUGAAAAAGUAAUCUUUCCAGAAAAUAAUAAAAUCGUAUUUUGUAUUUUAUGUUACAGAAAUAUUUAAAACAUCCAUUCCCUACUGAGCUCCACACAUUUGUCUUAGUUAAACAUGUUGUAUGUGAGGGAUGAUGUCAGCUGUAAAUUACUAUGAAACUCCAUUUCAGCAUUUUUUUAAUCCAACUUUACGAUUGUAAUCCCUGUAAGAUUACAGAUUCGACACCUGUUAUAGAAAAAGGACUUUAAACAAUGAUAAAAUGGAAAAACAAAGUUUCUACAAGAUGCUAAUAUUUUUUCUGCUAAUUGUAAAAUAAAAUGAAUUGAUUUUUGCCUAGGAAAGAACUAACAUUAAUCUUAUUUAAAAAGUUUAAUAUUAAUUACAUGGAUAAAUCACUGAUCAGACCGUCUCAACUGAAAUCGUCAUGAUGAUGAUCUCAAUGUACAAGCAUGACUGAUGCAAUUGUGUGCCAAAACUAUAAUGGUAACUUCAUAAAGAUGAUACAAACGUUGAGGGUCAAAAAAAACCUAGCUACUAUCAGACAUUUAACAAACUUGUACAGUUUUAUAAAGUGACAUGUUUUUAUGUAAUGUACAGUAAUAUUUCUUUUCUCCUUUAUGUAAACAUUUUGAUUGUGUAGCUUUGUUUUCAUUUGGUUCUUGUUAUUUAAUUUGUUCUUCUUUGCUGUACAAUACUCAAGCAUUGUAUAAUGGCUUAUUACAGGUAUUUUUGACAUAAACAAUCUUAAAGAUAAUGAACACCCAACCAUUCCAAAGGAUUGAAAAUUGCAUUUGCUAUAAAUGUGCUGCUUAUAUCGACCCAAUGCAUUUUUGUAGGUUAUGAAUAGAAGUCUGUCUUGACUGUGAGGUUUUGCACAUUGUCAGUUGUGCACAAGGUACGUUUCUCAUUGUCAACAUUUCCCAGGUUUUAAUCUCUCAUUUCUUCUCUGUGGGCUCUUGGUGUAGGCCAAGCCGAUUCAAAUGAACAGCAUACAUGCAAUAUUUCAAAGUAAUAUAACCUAUAAUGUUUAAAAAUAAGGACAUACAGAGCAUGUCUUCCCCUCAUGACAAAGGCCUGAGGCUUUUUAGGGUGGGGAUUAUGUUUAAGAGGCAGCCAUGAUUGGAGAGAGUCGUUUUUGAGUAGUGAGAAGUAGCUUUGAGUUUUCGCAGCUCAUCAGACGCUCCACAGUUGCAAGUUGUUACCAAAGGCUUUGAAGGGAAAGAUGAAUGUUGCAGUAAUAUUGAACCCAACCCAGUUUAGACCCCUGGGUGUAACUUUAUGCUGUAGGUGUUGAUCAAUGGAUGUUGUGCUUAAUAUAGACCUUUUUCUAAAUCUCAAAUAAGCAACCUUGUUAUUUUUUUAUUUAAAAAUCACUUGAAUGAACAAAACCCAUUUAAUUAUACAUGCAAACACACUCUGAAUGAGUAAAAAGACAAAAACAAAAGAGUGCGUAGGAACAUGCAGCAAAGCAGACCAUAUCUGUCUGUACCCUUCACUGACCAUAUGGGUCUUGCUUGACUGCCUGAACUGACACUGUGUGGCGUUUGCUCUUUACUUUACUGUAGAAAUGCACACUGACAAAAAGAAAAGUCUUUUGCUCAAGCGUUUGGACAUUUAGUCCUUAAAGGAUUUGUCUUUUCCAGGUUAUGCAGCACACAGUGCUGUGAAUGACCUCCCUUUUUGAUUACAAAGAGAGAGCCUCUCACCAGCCUUUUGGUUCUGUUUCCUGUACCUGUUUGUCCUCAGUGUACCUCCUCAAUGUAAUGUUGCUCUCUUGAUACCUCUGUGCGUUUCUCCUCUGCCCAUCACCAUCAGUUGCCUGUUGUAGGACUCCAUGGUGCUGCUUCCCCUUUCAGCACCAAUAUAAUCUAAUCUGUAAAUAACUCUCGACUCAGCUAUGGCCAGUACAUUUGUCUAUGACCUCACUCUAACCUUCAGGUUUCAUUUUUUUUUCUCUCAGCAAACCAAAAUCACUACAUUCAAGUAUUACAGUUGUACAGUUCCUUGGAUUCUACACACAUUUAAUGUGCUGGUCUUAGCUGCUCUGCUGUACCUUUUUAUGGCAUUAUUUUUUACAUGUUAGACAAUAUAUUGUGACCAUGUCCUAUGCAAAUAUGAAAAAUAACAGAUUGUUGAAUAAUGUAUGUUGUCAUAACUUGUAUGCAUGAAAUAGUGAAGUUUACAUUUGGAAAUAAAUUCAUAAAAUAAGCAGCUA